CAAAAGUUGUAUACAUCGAUGUUCUCUACCAGCAAAAGCUCAUCCACAAGUCUCUCGUAGCAAAAAAAAAAAAAAAAAAAAAAAAAAAGACAGAGCAAGAUUCAAGAACAUGGACGCACCACCUCAUCAACAGGAGAUGUCUUACUACGGGCAUGUCAAGAAACGCCGUGACGAGAAAGGGUUUUUGCGUUGCUUUGCUGUUGCUGCUGCUACGAGACGUGCGAAUGCUGCGUUGAGUGCUGCUGCUGCGCCUCCUAAUUAUCACAUGAUCUGUGUUUUCGUAAAUCUUUCUCCAUUGCAUGCAAGAUUCAUGCAACUUUAAUCAAGAACAUUAAGACCCACAAGGAAUGUAUCCAAUGAUUCCAACCUUGGAUUUCUCAAGAGAAGACUUGAAGCCAGGAACGAGUUACUGGGAAACAACAAGCAAGAACAUCAGGCAAGCACUUGAACAGUACGGAUGUUUCAUCGUAGAUUUGCAUGAAAAGGCUCCGUUUGAUCUCCUCGCCCGAGUUUUCGAUUCUCUGAAACAGCUGUUCGAUCUUCCGACACCUACCAAGAUGAAGAACAAGUACGACAAGCCCAUGAACGGCUACGUCGGUCAGAUUCCAGCUCUUCCUCUCCACGAAAGCCUCGGCAUCGACAAUGCUACUUCCCUUCAAUCCACCAGAAGCUUCACCGAUUUGAUGUGGCCCCGAGGAAAUGAUCGUUUCUGGUACGUACUUAUCAUCCGUAUUCUUCGAUAUUUCCCCGAGUAUAACGUCUCUUUCUGCAGUGAUUGUAUGCACAGAUAUGCAGAGUUUGUAGCGGAGAUGGAUCGGAUGGUGGCAAGAAUGAUAUUCGGGAGCUAUGGAGUUGCGAAAUACUACGAGCCUUAUAUGAAAUCGACGAGUUACCUUCUCCGGCUGUUGAAAAACCGGGCGCCUAAGGACGAAAACCCUUAUUUAGCAUUCGUCACUCACACGGACAAGAGCUUCACGACCAUACUUCACCAGGAUCAGAUCAAUGGCUUGGAGAUGGAAACCAGACUAGGGGAACGUAUAAACGUCGAUCUUUCGUCACCUUCAUUGUUCAUGGUCAUUGCAGGAGAUGCAUUGAUGGCUUGGAGCAAUGACAGGAUACUGUCCCCGAGGCAUCGGGUUCUGGUGAGUGGAGAGACGGAUAGAUACUCACUUGGACAGUUUGCAUUCAGCAAUGGAACUCUUCAAGUACCGGAAGAGCUCGUCGAUAACGAGCACCCUCUUAUGUAUAAGCCUUUUGACCAUAUCGGCCUCCUCCACUUCUACCGUACUGAUAUCGGAUACCGAGCAGAGUGUCCUAUCAAGGCUUAUUGCGGUGUUUGAAGGCAUUCUCAUGCUCGGGCCGAGUGUAAUAAUACCUGAAAGCUUCUAUGCAAUAUAUCAAAAUAAUAACGAGUUUAAGAUCGA